GUAGCCUGAGCAGCAGAUGUUCGGUCUACACCUGAAUUUACCAACUACCUGAAUGUACCGACAACAGAUUCAAAAGCGUAAUCCACAUCUUCUGUGAUCUGUGAUGAAGAAAACCAUAAUCAUGGCCACCAGACUGGGCGAUGCAUCGUCAGCUUUAAAUGAUCUAAUGCAGAAGAGUUUUGAACUCAGUCCAGGUCCACCAGCAGUGCGUCGUCUUCACACAUCAAAAAGUAAUCUAGAUGAGAGUGGCAAGAUCAGAAAGUGGACCUUUGGACAGAAAUGCUUAAAUAUGCAGACUAAAUAUAGUCUGAUGGUGGGAGAAACUGGAACAGGCAAGACCACCCUGAUCAACACCAUGGUCAAUUACUAUCUGGGGGUGAAGUUUGAGGAUAAUGUCUGGUUUGAGAUCACAGAAGAAGAAAAAAUUGAUCAAACAGAAUCUCAAACAUCUGAAAUCACUGUGUAUGAGAUCUUCUCUGAACAGAAAUCCUUCUCUCUCACCAUCAUCGACACUCCAGGAUAUGGAGACACCAGGGGAAUAGAUAAGGACAUGGAAAUUCCUCAGAAUCUGCAUAAACUGUUUCUACAUGAAACUGGAGUGAAGGAUCUGGAUGCUGUGUGUCUUGUACUGAAAGCAUCUCAGAACAGAAUCUCAGAUGCUCAACGCUACAUAUUUGAAGGGGUUCUUUCUUUAUUCGGUAAAGACAUAGGAGAGAACAUAGUGCUUUUUAUUACACACUCAGAUGGAUUACCUCCAUCAAAUGUUCUGAAAGCUGUAGAGAAAGAAAAGAUCCCCUGCUGCCACGAUGCAGAGAACCAACCUGUUCACUUCCUGUUCAACAACCGUCAGUCAGAGAAACACAGCACGGCGAAAACUAAGCGUGCUGUAAAGAUGGCUUGGGAAAUGGGGCAGGAGAGUCUGGAGGAGUUUUUUGAAUUCCUUAAAUCGAAAGUGAGAAAAAGCUUGACUUUGACUGUAAAUGUUCUAAAGGAGCGCAUCCAGCUUGAGGCCUGUGUUCAGAGUUUGAACGAACGCAUUGAGUUCAUCGAGGCAAAACAGAGAGAAUUGGCUGGAGUUCAGAACGCUCUGAAACACAACAAAGAACAGAUUGAGAGAGAUAGAAAUCACUGUUUUACUAUAACAGUGGUUUACAAAGAGAAAGUUGACAUUACAGAUGUUCCAUGGUGGAACAGGAAGGCAACCUGCUGCGAGGAGUGUGAGGAGAACUGCCAUGAGUUCGGCUGCUGGCUUGCCCCAUUUGCCAAGUGGUGCGAAGUCAUAGAAAGUGACCACUGCACUGUGUGCAAGUGUCACUACAGCAAACAUAAAAAAGAGGCCAAGAAAUAUGUCGCAAAGAAAAAAGAGAAAACAGUCACAUUUAAUGAGCUAAAAAACGAAUACAGCAACAAAAACGUCCCUCAUGAAAAAAGUGCUUUCAAAAAGGUGGAAACUGAGCAUGAAAAAAAGCUGAAAGUCACAGAGGACAUGAUGAACCUAGAAAGCAGCCUAAAAAAACUCCUGGCUAGGAAAGAACAAGAGAAAAACAGUUCAGUGAAAGAAGCCUAUGAAGCAAUCAUAAAACUGUCUCAGAUUGCACUGAAACCAGAUUCUGCGUUCACCCUUCGACACCUUGAUUUCCUGAUUCCUCGUGUUAAAGAAGCUGGAGAAGCAGAGUGCGCUCAGAAACUAAGGAACCUCCAGAAAGAUGCAGCUAAAGAAUCAACUACAUCUACAGUGUGGUAUUUAAACAGCAUGAUGAAGGGUUUCUUCAGUAGAAAAUAACAA